UGCGGAUAUUCUUUCUCCUCCCGUUCGUACGUUCGGUUCGGUUUGGUUGAUUAUUCGUCGGUUCGCCGUUUAUUGUGUUGCGUUGUGAGGACACACAGAACCAGUUUUUGGGUGCGUGAUUUUUAUUUGAUUUCGGUUCUCGGGAGUUUCGAUUCUGGUGGUUCCCGUGGCUUUCCGUUCCGGCUAGUGUUGCUGAAUUCGCUACGAGUGGUGGAAUUUUGGUGGCGCCUGCUGUUCCGGUUUCCGUUACUCUUGCUCUAGACUUCGGAUGACGGGUCUUCGCCAACUUUGAUCAACGCGGAGGCGACGUAGUUUGGCUUUUCCAAAAGGGGUUAUUUCGGUGUCUUCCACGGAUAAUUGCCGCCUCGUAAGUAGGCCUUGUGGCUUAGUUGGUGUAAUUUCGGAUUUCCAGCAAGAAAGGGUCGGUAAGCUUCCGGGAAAAACGGAGUUCACGGAAAGGAAAUCUGUGAUCCAAAGGGAAGGAAAAAAGAAAAGAGAAAAGUGCAACGUGAAUAAUUUCUGCAGAGGAGCGAUUUCUCGUCGAGUGUGUGUGCUCCAGUGUGCGGGAGCAAGAUAGCGCAAAAGAGUGAAAAGUGCGUGCCACAGUGCCUAGUGAGAGUGAGUGGGACAGCAAACGGAUAAUUACCAACUGGAUAGCGCGCUCGAAAGGGGAUUUAUUAAAAUAACCUGACUGGAGAUUUGGAGUAACUAAAUUAGCUGGCCUAGGAAUUUGAAACUCAUCGUAAGACCGGACUAAACUGGGACUAGAAGAUCUUCAACAACGUGUUGGAUUUAUUAGUUUUUCAUUCGCCAAGUUAGCUGAAACAUACAUUCAAAAUGCCUAAAUCGAUGAACGUGCGCGUCACGACGAUGGACGCCGAGCUGGAGUUUGCGAUACAGCAGAGCACCACCGGCAAGCAACUGUUCGAUCAGGUCGUCAAAACCAUCGGCCUGCGGGAGGUGUGGUUCUUCGGGCUUCAGUACACAGACUCCAAGGGUGACCUGACGUGGAUCAAACUGUACAAAAAGGUCAUGAGCCAAGAUGUCCAGAAGGGUGACCCCCUGCAGUUUAAGUUCCGUGCCAAAUUCUACCCCGAAGACGUAGCCGAAGAGCUGAUCCAGGACAUCACGCUGCGGCUGUUCUACCUGCAGGUCAAGAAUGCGAUCCUCUCCGACGAAAUAUACUGCCCGCCGGAAACGUCCGUGCUGCUGGCCUCGUAUGCCGUCCAAGCCCGCCACGGCGACUACAACAAAACGACACACAUUCCCGGAUUCCUGGUGAACGAUCGACUAUUGCCACAACGUGUCAUCGAUCAGCAUAAGAUGUCCAAGGACGAGUGGGAGAACUCGAUCACCACCUGGUGGCAGGAGCACCGCGGAAUGCUCCGCGAGGACGCCAUGAUGGAGUACCUCAAGAUCGCACAAGAUCUGGAAAUGUACGGCGUGAACUACUUCGAGAUCCGCAACAAGAAGGGCACCGAGCUGUGGCUCGGCGUGGAUGCCCUUGGACUGAAUAUCUACGAAAAGGACGACCGCCUCACACCGAAGAUCGGCUUCCCGUGGUCCGAGAUCCGGAACAUUUCGUUCAACGAUCGCAAGUUUAUCAUCAAGCCCAUCGACAAGAAGGCGCCCGAUUUUGUCUUCUUCGCUCCUCGUGUCCGCAUCAACAAGCGAAUCCUGGCGCUGUGCAUGGGCAAUCACGAGCUCUACAUGCGCCGCCGCAAGCCGGAUACCAUCGAUGUGCAGCAGAUGAAGGCUCAGGCCCGGGAAGAGAAGAACGCCAAGCAGCAGGAGCGCGAGAAGCUGCAGCUGGCCCUGGCCGCUCGGGAACGGGCCGAGAAGAAACAGCAGGAGUACGAAGAUCGCCUGCGGACGAUGCAGGAGGAGAUGGAGCGCUCGCAGGCGAACCUGAUCGAAGCGCAGGAGAUGAUCCGCCGCCUGGAGGAUCAGCUGAAGCAGCUACAGUUCGCCAAGGACGAGCUCGAAGCCCGCCAGAACGAACUGCAGGUCAUGAUCAAGCGCCUGGAGGAGUCGAAGAACAUGGAGGUGGCCGAACGCCAGAAGCUGGAGGACGAAAUUCGCGCAAAGCAGGACGAGGUGCAGAAGAUCCAGGAGGAAGUGUCGGUCAAGGACACCGAAACCAAGCGCCUGCAAGAGGAGGUUGAAGAAGCCAGACGGAAACAGGUAAAGCGUAAAAACGAAGCCGCAGCAGCGCUGUUGGCGGCCACGACCACCCCCAAUCACCAUCACGUCGACGAAGAGGAGGAGGAUAACGAGGAGGAGCUGACGAACGGUGCCGAGAAUGGAACCUCGCGGGACUACUCCAAGGACUUCGACACCGACGAGCACAUCAAGGACCCGGUCGAAGAACGACGCACGCUGGCCGAACGCAACGAGCGCCUGCACGAUCAGCUUAAGGCCCUUAAGCAAGACCUGGCCCUCUCGCGGGACGACACCAUGGAGACGGCCAACGACAAGAUCCACCGGGAGAAUGUGCGCCAGGGUCGCGACAAGUACAAGACCCUGCGCGAGAUCCGCAAGGGUAACACCAAGCGCCGCGUGGAUCAGUUCGAGAACAUGUAAAGCCGCCGGGGGUCAGAUUAUCGCUUUUUCUUUCAACUGCGACGCGACGCGUUGGACGUUAGUGUUUCGUCUUACUCCUUUCGGUUCCGGUUGGGUGGGGCUCGCGCUAGAGGAGUUUUAGCGGUACAGGGGGAGAGAGAGUGGGAGCCCUCCAAGGAGUAUAACAUUUAUAUAGUAUAUAUUGUAGGGUUAGCAAGAGAUCCGGAGGAGGAGCGCAGUUUUUUCUAGUAGUAAUAUUAAUUUAGUGGUAGUAGAGUGUAGGAAAGUGCGGAAGCGAGAAAGUGCGCGUGCGUGCAUGGGGUCCAGGGAAAUAACAGAACUAUAAACACUUACAUACAGACACGGAAGGAAAGUUUAGCAAUGUACUUUAUCAACUACACAAAAACACACACUAUUAUAGAUUAUCAUUGUCGCAGUUAAUUUAGGAGUUGUAAUUCUUAUACUGACUAACUUUUGCGUAAACUUGACCGCUGGUUUCUGGUUCUGGCAAGCACACACACAUACAUACAACUACUUAAAUAGUUGCACACGUGCACACACAUAGGGACGAGCGCAAACGAUGAACAUCGGCGUGUUAGGAAAUCGGACGUUCAUUUGUGGUAGGAAAGAGUGUGUAUGCGUGUGAUUGGGUAGUAUUGUAAUUGCGGUGACUUUAUAGCAUUGACUAUCUUCCAGAGAUGAAUUUAGGCGUUGGGAGUUUUAUAUUUCAUAUGAGGAGUUAGACUCUGUUCGUAGUUCUUUUCCUGUAUACCUUCCUAAAAGUAUUUAAGCAGCAAAGUUGCAUUUUCGCCGACUCCUGAUUCGGAAGUUUGUUUUCUUCUUCAUUCCUCGUAGUAUAUUUUUCGAUUUACGCGAACGGUGUGCCCAAACUGAUAAACCGAAAAACCUUACAUAAGCAGCAUGAAGUAUAUAAAAUUAAACAAAUAGAAUGAAAAAGUUGUAUAAGUUGAACAUUGUUAUUACUGCAUUAGUGUAUAGUAGGAAGAAGACAACUAACGAAUAAAAUGGAAAAGGAAAUAGAGAGAAGAAAUACAUUACCAACGUUUCGAUCUGUUCAUGUGUGGCAGUUUUGUGAAGACGUCAUUUUGAAAAGACUGGCAAUGACUAUGAACUUUAACUUUUAUGUCGUCAUUUUGUUUAGUUCUAUGAUUGCAAUUUUUUUUUUCGUUGACACGGCACAUUUAACUUUUAUGCGUCAAAAUUAAUCGUUUUUGAUUUCAAUAAAUUUUGUUAACAUACCAAAGCUGAUCGUUUUUGCAUCAAACUUGGUCGUUUUCUUCAAGCCUGUCUUUAAAAUAUGUGGCCUUCACAAAUUAUCUGCAAAUGUGCGAACAAUGCAGCUAAAUGGAACAGAUGAUCGGCAUACACAAGUACACACGAACGGAAGAUGGCGCAGAUCGCAUAUAAUUGUUAUUAAGUUUAAUCAACUUAUUUGUAGGGAUUGAAUUUAAGUUUAAAUAAUAUACAAAAAGAAAGGAAAAUCGGAAAAAUAAGCUAAAAACAAAAUCAUAUGUUGAUAAUUAUAAUAAUUAGGAAACCAGUCCAAUUUGUAUGAACUAUUACAACCUUUAAUACACACACCCAUACCAUGGAGCAACCAUGUUCCACUGGCUUUGUGAUCAACCUAGGUUGCAACUAACACAUUUUCCUGAACGCACGUCCAGAGCAUCGUUUGCGGAUAACGGAAUCCUUCCAUUCUGGGAAACCUGACCAACUAGCUGAUGUUACAACAAUUUGUUAGUGAAGAUUUUCAGUCGUCCCUUCCUGUAAAAAAAACUCUGUUUUCGUAUUCGAAUGGCAAUCGAAAAUUAAGAAAAACAAUUAUUAGUAACCAACAACACUAGAUGAGAGGCGGUACGCCACGCAAAAACACAUACGCGCAUGUAAUAAUUUCUAUCUGCCAUUAUUUUACGUUUUUAUUUUUAUUAUUUUUGUUUAAAUUAUUUUUAAUUAAUUGAAUUAAUUAAAAAAUAAACUAAAACGAGAACACAACAUGGAAGCAAAUACAAACACGCAGACACAUUUUUGAUUUAUACAACACAAACACACGUACAUAUAUUGCGCCGGUAAGCGAAAGAAAGAGAAGGGGAUUGUAAUUAUGAGAAAAGAACACACAAGACACACAUACACAAAAAAACAAUGAAGAAGAAUUCAACAAUCGAAGCAUAUAUUAAUAAUAGCGAAGAAAAAAAAAGAGAGAUGAAAAUGGAGAAAAUCCGAAAACCGUCUUAACCGGCAUUUGUGACACCGCACACUCAUGUGAGCAAGUGGAGUGGAGUCAAUAAGGGUGGGGUUGAAUUUUUUUCCAAAGAUUUUCUUUUCUAAUGCCAUCUCUUGGCUGCCCAAAAUGCCAGUAUUUUCCACCUCCCAAUUUCGUGUUUUAAAUUUUUGAUUUGAUUGUUUUUGUAAAGAUUUUUUUAAAACCGUUGAGUUGCUUCGUGUUCAACGUUCUUUUUUAUUUUGCUAUGAUUGUAUCUGUUCUGUAGUUUGGUGGUAAAAUCUUUGAUUAAAAUUCACGCCAUAUAAUGUA